AUGUCUUCGGACGACGCCUACGCCGCCUUCCUCGAAAAGGCCAACGAAGACCCAUCUUCGGGACGGGCGCAAGCCACCUCGGGCGGAUCGGGAGCGCAGAAACUCAAGACUACGGACAAGGGGGCGAGCGUGCCGGCGGUAAUCAACAAGGUCAUCAAGGACAAGUUUUACAUGAGCGACGCGGACGAGCCGUUUGAGGGGUGGCGCUGA